UAUCACACGGUGUAAAGCUGACACUGUCGCUCCCACCUCUGCUCUUCCCACCCCGCCCCACCGGGACCGGCGGCAGCGGGUGCCAAACCGCCCCCCGGGCUCCGCGCUGAGGACGCAGCCAUGCCGAGCGGUGCCACUCAGCAGCCGGACCGCCGCCUCGUCUCAUCCGUCUCCAGCGCUUCACACAGGAGGAGGAGGAGGAGGAUGAUGCCAUGAGAUUUCCCACAGGCCCUCACUGGCACCUGGCUGUGAGUGAACCAGGGGGAAAGAAGGGAUCACCGACGGCGGAUAAUGACGUGAUGGUUCCGGUUGCAGAGCGAGCGCAGGGGGGCUCCGAGCGUCUUUAAUGACCGGUGCUGGAGAGGAAACCACCGGACUUUUAUUGUGUGUUGUGGACGAAGGAAACAGGACUGCAGUUAUUAGAAAAAAGAAGACCCCAUCUCUCAAACAGGUUGUUGAGAUUUUCUCCAGUUUAAAAGGGGGCUUUGCAGCACGGCCGAGGAUGCUAUCCCCCAGAUGGUGACUUCUACAGGUAAGGGGAGUUCCAGUGCGAGGAGGUUUUGAGAGUAACCAUCCACAGCCCUGUCAUGUUUUCCUACCAUCUCACACUCCUCCAUCUCUGCAUCUCCCGCUGUCUUCUAAUGCAUUAUAGAAACCUUUGUUGGACGGUUUGAUGGAGAGCUGGUCGAAUGUCAGCGGGAACUAUUGUUAUAUCCGGAGGAAUUCUCGCCGGAGUGAUACUGCUGUGCAUUGUAGCAGUGCUCUGUUACUGUAGACUCCAGUAUUACUGCUGUAAGAAGAAUGAUUCUGAGGUGGACAUGGGCUCUGUGGUGGGAGCGGACCCUCUCUCUCACUUUCCCUGCAACGCUUGCAACGCCCUCGCCAUGGACGGCGCGGCUAUCACCCCCGUCUCUCUGGAUCAGCUGGACACGGGUUCUCACCACAACCACUGCCCCACCUGCUCACCGUACUCCCUCCGCUCUGGACUCACUGACGACAUGCGUAACGGAGGGGAGCGUCUGGGCUUCCACACCUACUACGAGAACCCUCUCCCGCUGUCUGGCAACCCGCAGGGCUCCUCCGCUCUGAGCUACUACAGUCCCCCGGACGUGUUUCCUCCCCCGCCACGCCCCUACAGCACCCAGGUCUGACCUCAGCUGCACCCUAAAGACACACUCACACAUAUAGAAAACCUACUGACAUUCACACACGAGCACACGCCCUGUUGUUGGGGACUGAAUUCAGGCAAUGGAUUUUGAUACAGCACAAUGACACACAUUACUGUACAUGCUCACUGCCGCCAGAUUCCAGACUCAGCCGUCCAUGGGAGUGACCUAUAAACUGAGCCCAGUGACAGAGACUUUGUGUGGGCGACGACUCCUUGGACCAAACCCAUGGAGAGCUGCCGACAGCAGCAUGAAACAGUGUUAGAUCAGCAGGGAAGUGGAACAUAACUCUUGUAGAACCUCAUUUUGUUUCACACAAGGCCAAAUCACAUGCGGUACUGAAGUGUGUCUAAAUUUAGGUGUGAAUGCACCUGGACUGAUGCAUCUCAUUAGCAACUUUUGAAGGUGGUCAGGGACACGUGUGACCAUGCAUCUCGGGAAGUGUGACUACAGAAGGGUACCCAGGCAGCCAAGUCUUGUGUUGACUUCUUGUGUAGGUGCUAGGGAUGAGCAAUUCCCAUAAGCCAUGUCAAUGAUUGAUUUAUGAUUAUCAAUUAAUCACGAAAAGAAUAUAAAAUCCAUAGCCCCCCCCUCAAAAAAGCUACCGUAGAACAAUCUUUUUGCACCAUGUGGUUAAACAAAAAUAAUAAUAAGAAGAAUAAUUUCCAUUCAUUUCCAAGGAAGUUUUUUGGAUGUAACUGUGUAAUUUAAUUAUAAUCAUAGUAAUUAUAGAAAUGUCCUUGAACAAAAAACUGAAACCAAGUAAAUAUGAAAUAUAUAUGUUUAAUUGUACGCUUGCUUGUUCACAUUUUUCGCAUGUUCAGAUCUACUAAAAAACCUCUCUAGGUUACACCAGCAAUUAAUUAGAAUUAGUAAUAAGAAAUUUAAAAAAUUGGAAUUGAACACUGUCUUUAUUUUGCCUACACCUAUUUAAAUAAAUCAUUUAGGGAACUUAGUGGGGAAAUAUUAGGAAGUUAUUAUUUUUAUGGACCCAUAAAUUACAGUAUUACAACAUUUUCUGAUCUUGCGUCAACUGCUUUUAUUCACAAAUGACACCAACAAAAAUUUAAAGUUACAUGAUCUUAAAGAAACUAGAUUGAACACUUUGAAAAUCAAAGUUCAGCUUAUUUUGAAACCUACAAAUGCCUCACAAGUAAAAACAGAGUGGGCCAACCUGUCGUCUAGUGGUUCUAGUAUGACGAACUUCCAAAAACAUGAUGGAUAAUUUGCCUUUGUAAAACACCUUAGAUAAGGUCUUUAAGUCAAUAGCCAAGACGGGAUAGAAUAGCCACGAAAAUCCUCUUCUCAGGCUGAUUGGCUGGGGACAUACAAGUCAUUUUGUUUAGCACCAGCCAUAGUUUUAAAAUAAACGAGAGCUGGGAGGUGACGUGGAGAAGUAGAUGCAGUUGGUUGUAGGGAUGGGUGUGAGUGCUCGACUUGGACGUCAGUACUCAACAUAAAGAGUAAUCACAGCAUAAAUUGACCCUGUUCUAUAUUAAAAGUUUACGUUUUAUUUUGGACGGGAUGCAGUGACGUAACUGUUGUCUUUGAAUGUCUGCAAAGAUCCAUAGAGCAAAUAUGAUAGAUCUGCUCAGCUGCAGAUAAUGUUCAGCAUUUUCAGUAAGACAUCUCUUGAGCGACCGCCGACCGGGCAUAAGAGUGAUGUUUGGAAGUAUAUCGACAAAGUUAAUGAUAUGAAUGUGCAGUGCUAUGAAACAUUAAACUUGUGUAUCAUGACAAAUCUCUACAGUCUGUGCAGCGCAGAAAGGAAGGCUAACCCUAAAAUUUAAUUGCAUUUUCACUUUGGUUAGAUUUUUACCUGUUAGUAUCUGAUGAUAAUUUAAUGUGAGUGCUCGAUUAUGGAAAUGAUUUAAAUUGCCCAUCCCUGGUCUGUUGUAGCUUGGUCUUUACAGUUUGCCUCCGGUAUCAGCCCAGUGACCAGAAGAAAAUGUUUGUAUUAUACGUUUCUGCAAACCACAAAUCCAUUACAUUCACACGUUUCAUAUGUAUCAUAUAAGCAUUUCUAAAGUAACAUCAGUGUUUCCCACUGUAUUACAGUCUGUGUGGCAGUAGCUGACGACGACGACAAGUGGGUGGGUGUUUGGGGGCAUAUCAUCCCGUGUCCCCUCUCCCAGCAAGCAUUUUUUGGUUUAAAAAACGUCUAAUAGCCGUCUACAUGAAGACCUGACGUCUAGGCUAAAUCACGGCUGAAUUUGGGCUGUCAGUGAAAAUUUGGUGGACGUCUAACCAUAGCCAAAGUGUAGACGUCAUCAAUUAUACAGCUAAGUAGAGACCAUGUCCAAAAAAUGGAGAUAAACAUAUUUUAAUUACUGUUGGCUCUCCAUACGUAAUUGAAUAUCAUACCGCACGCCAUCUGCAAUGGCGAAAAUUACAUUUAAUCAGUUUCAAAAUUAAAUCGGCUAGAUUUGGGCUACAUGUAGCUAGACUAAAUUGGAGCUAAAUAUAGCCAAUACAUUUAAAUCACGACUAUUGCUUGCUGGGCUCUAAACUCUGAGGUUUGUGCAGGUCCAUGAUCGCAGACAAGCAGAACUCUUCACAAGUUCAGUGUUUUUCCUCAGCAGCUUGUGGAGCUCUGAGUAGCAUGGUGGAUAAUUGAUCAGUUGAUCCAAUCAGAGCUGAGCAGGUCAGAUUGAUGGAUAAGAGGCCCAGCUGCUGCAGAGGAAUAGGGCAAUGAACGGUUAAGUUUCACUUUCACUAGUUCUGCUGCUCUGUCUGUGCCCAGAGUUUGCUCUGUGCUG